ACAAUUAUAUUGCACAAGAAAAUCAUAGUAAUUUUGCAAUCUAAAUCAACCAUUAUAUAACUUCAUUAAUAGUAGUUCUGAUAAAGAGGAACUAGUAAUGGAGAAUUUCCUUGUCAGAUUUCUGCCAAUUUUAACUCUUGCACUUCUUCUUCAUGCCCAAGAUCAAACAAGAUUCAUCAGCAUAGAUUGUGGAUUACCAGCAAAUUCUAGCUACACCGAUGAAACGACAACUCUAAACUACGUCUCUGAUGAAGCGUUCAUCGACACUGGCGUAAUUACCAAUCUAUCCCCGGGAUCCACUACAAAUACCACCAGCCGACAACAAUUAUCCCUCAGAAACUUUCCUGAAGGUGACAGAAACUGUUACAACAUUAAACUUUUCAGAGGAACUAAAUAUUUGAUCAGAGCUAUUUUCUUGUACGGAAACUACGAUGGAUUCAAUAAGCUGCCGGAGUUUGAUCUGCAUUUAGGACCCAACAGAUGGGAUAAAGUGAAGAUCCUGAACUCAACUGCUCCUGUAAUGAAGGAAAUUAUUUAUACGCCUGAAUUGAACUAUGUUCAUGUCUGUCUUAUCAAUACUGGAUUUGGAUCGCCUUUCAUAUCCGCGUUAGAGUUGCGGCCACUGAAAAAUACUACGUAUAUAGCUCAAUCGGGAGCGCUGGCGAAAUUCGUCAGAUUGGAUUUCGGUUCUCUGACAAAUCAAACUGUCAGGUAUCCUGAUGAUGUCUUUGACCGUAUCUGGACUCCUGACCAUUUCCAGAAAUGGACGGAUACCGGUACAUCAGAGACCGUUGAUGCUAUAAAUCACAUCGAUUUUCAACCACCAUCAUCCGUAAUGAGGACGGCCAGCGUUCCGACCAAUGCUAGCGAAAGCCUGGAUUUAUUUAUAAAUACUGAGGAUGGGAAUUUACUAUUUUAUGCCUACAUGCACUUUGCUGAAAUUGUGAAGCUUCAAGCUAAUCAGUCUCGUUUAUUCAACAUUUCUUUCAACGGAACGGUAUGGUUCGGACCUGUUGUUCCUGGUUACUUGAUCUCCAACACAGUGUAUAGUCAAUUUCCGAUCAAAGGAGCUAAAGAUAAUAUCUUUUCGCUCUUUAAAGUCGGAGGUUCGACCCUGCCACCACUACUCAAUGCUAUCGAAGUAUAUUUCGUUGUUGACCUCUCACAAUUACCGACUAACCAAGACGAUGUUGAUGCUAUAAUGGAAAUCAAGUCAACUUAUGGAAUUAAAAAAAACUGGCAAGGAGAUCCAUGUGCUCCUCAAGAUUAUGUGUGGCAGGGUCUGAAUUGCAGCUACAACGAUAUCGAUCCACCGGCAAUCACAUCCUUGAAUUUAUCUUCAAGCGGAUUGAAUGGAGAGAUAAAUUCUGAUAUAGCCAAUCUCAAGUCAUUGACAUCUCUGGACUUAUCAAAUAAUAGCUUGUCAGGAUCCGUUCCAGAUUUUCUAUCUGAAAUGACAUCCUUGAAAGUCCUAAACUUGACAGGAAACAAUCUCACAGGUACAAUUCCAGUUGCCCUCUUCGAGAGAUCACAAAAGGGUUCGCUAUUGCUAAGUGUGGGAGGGAAUCCAGAACUCUGUCCGUCACUUUCCUGCGAGAAAAAGAAGAAGAAUAGCAUUGUUGUCCCUGUGGUGGCAUCGGUGGCUGCAUUUCUGAUCUUAGCAGCUACGUCAGUAAUCAUUCUACGUUGCUUCUUUGUACGUUCGAAAACAAAGAUUAAGACGAGCCAUGAAGCAAAUGGUGACCCAAUGGAGUUAAAGAAAAGACAAUUUGCAUACUCUGAAAUUCUCAGGAUUACGAAUAAUUUUGCGAAAAUUCUUGGUAAGGGAGGAUUUGGAACAGUCUAUUAUGGGAUCUUGGAUGAUCAAACUCAAGUUGCUGUAAAGAUACUCUCUCCUUCCUCAGUUCAAGGACAAAAGGAAUUCCAGGCAGAGGUUAAGCUUCUUUUGAGAGUUCAUCAUAGGAACUUGACUGCACUAGUUGGGUACUGCAAUGAAGGCACCAACAUGGGGCUUAUCUAUGAGUACAUGGCUAAUGGAAACUUAGAAGACUAUCUCAUAGAUAGUAACCGGAAUAGCUUAAGUUGGGAGACAAGACUUCGAAUAGCAGUUGAAGCGGCACAAGGAUUGGAGUAUCUGCACAACGGUUGCAAGCCACAGAUUGUGCACAGAGACGUGAAGACAACAAAUAUUUUACUAAAUGAUACAUUCCAAGCCAAAUUAGCUGAUUUUGGUCUGUCAAGAGUUUUUCUUGAUGGUGGCACACAUAUCUCUACCGUUGUUGCUGGCACUCCCGGUUACCUCGAUCCUGAGUAUUACGUAACCAACUGGUUAACAGAAAAAAGUGAUGUGUUCAGCUUUGGAGUUGUUCUUCUAGAAAUCAUUACAGGAAGACCAGUGAUAGCUAAAACUCGUGAUGAAAUGACUCACAUUAGCCAAUGGGUUAGCUCGAUGCUUGAAACCGGAGAUAUUCACAGAAUCGUUGAUCCAAGGCUCAACGGAGAUUUUGAGGUUAAUUCGACAUGGAAAGCUGUGGAAUUAGCGAUGGCUUGUGUAUCAACAACUUCCGCUAAAAGACCAACGAUGAAUCAAGUGGUAAUAGAAUUAAAUCAAUACUGUUUAAAGACCGAGAUGGCUCGAAACAGACAAGGACAGAGUACUCAAUCACACAACUCAACGGAGUUUAUGACUGUGAAUUUGGACACUGAAUUGUCUCCUCUUGCAAGAUAAUUUUAGUUACUUUCUUGGCUUAUUACAAAAAUUUGCCACAGUACUUGUAAUAAAAAGUUCAGCAGAAAUACUGAACUAUUUGUUUGAAACAAUUUCACACCUCCACUUAUAUUUUUUGUCCAUUUGAACACACGUAUCAAUGAAUUGAUUAUGAACUAGCACCUAGCUACUGGUUUCAUAUUA